AUGGUUGCGUUGGUGUUCACGUUGCUCGUGAUUCUACUUCAUGAAACAGCUUUUGCCGCUGAGCAACCCAGUUCUAUCAAUAUUAUGUGCCCAUCUAAGACGUUGGAAACUGGGGAGGUUAUACAAUUAGUCUUAAAGAAGGCCGUUACUUCAGGCAUACCAAGUGUAUUUAAUGUACCCUCGGAGUUAUCAACAUGGUACCACUGUUCGAUACCAGCGUGUUUAUCGAACCCCUGUCAACAUGGAGGAACCUGCGAGGAAACAGAUGAGGGGUUUAACUGCACUUGCCUGAAUGGCUACCGUGGAGACAGAUGCGAGUACGUGGGAGGAGAUCUCUUCGAGAUUAUGUCCUUAGAUAAUAAUUCUGAAACUGUGACUGUGAGGUGCCCUGUCGAUGUGACUAGCAUUGCUGACUGCUGGUACGAAGAGAGGGCGGCGAUGAAUCCUAGGGAGGAGAGUAUAGCUGUUGUUUGCUGUACUGUGAAGCUGUGCAGUACACCUCGAGGUAGUCCAGUUGGUCUAGAAAGCGGUAAGGUUCCAAACAGCGCUAUUACAAUCUCGAGUAAGAAAAGUAAUAAUUUGAGUGAACUGAAAGCCCGUCUUAACAGUAAUUCUGCGUGGGUAUCCGCUAUGGAUGACGAAGACCCCUGGCUUCAGAUCAAAUUCAAUUCCAUCUUUGUCAUUACCGCCAUCAUGACGCAAGGCAGAGCAAAUGCUGAACAACAGCGGGUGACAUCGUACACAAUUUCAUCCAGUAUGGACGGAUCAUCUUGGACCCACAACCAGGAUAUCAACACCAACACCGUCAAGGUCUACACAGGAAACUACGACUCAAAUAGUGUUGUGGUGCACAACAUCUUUAAGCCGAUCGAAUGCCUAUUCUUUCGUAUCCAUCCAAAGACGGCCAAUAAUGACCACCGGGCCCUCAGGCUAGAGCUCACUGGCUAUGGACCUCUCAAUGACUUAUUAGCUGCAAUGAACCGUGAAGAGGUAAGCUGUUCACGUCCUAUCCAAGGGGAAGGAAUGGGAGUGGAAGAUGGACGAAUCCCAGACUCUAGUCUCACCUCCUCGUCCGAUUAUCAUCUUAAUUACAAUGCAUCAGAUGGAAGAUUAAACGGUGGAGUUACUCUACACGAAAAGGCAGCAUGGCUUGCUAGGGAUGAUGACAUAGAUAAAUGGGUCAAGAUUUUAUACUUGUUGCUAAGUCUUACUUCUAUUAACGCACUAACGAGUCAGAUAGAUCUUGGAAGGACCUCUAACGUCACUGGUGUUAUCGUACAAGGCAGAUUCGAGUUGGCACAAUGGAUUACUUCUGUCAAGGUAUCCUAUUCGCUGGAUAACGUGACAUGGACUUAUGCUUUGGAACCACAAUGUGGUGAACAAAGAAUCUACGCAGCAAACUACGAUAACACCACUCCCGAGACCAUACUGUUCCCUCGACCAAUCACUGCUCGAUACGUCAGAAUACACCCACUCACUUGGAUUGGGCACCAGGCCAUGAGAUAUGAGGUUGUUGGCAUAGCUGAUCAAACGGAACUUUGAA